AUGUUAAGAAAACAAGUAUUUUCAUUCAAACAAGCCAAAUCAUUCUUUCACACCACAAAUGCCGUUAGAAAGGCAUAUUUUUAUGACAUGCCUGCCAUGUCACCAACUAUGGAAAAAGGUGGCAUUGUUAGUUGGAAAUUUAAACAAGGCGAUAGUUUUAAAGCAGGCGAUGUUUUGUUAGAUAUUGAAACUGAUAAAGCUGAAAUAGAUGUUGAAGCUCAAGACGAUGGUAAAUUAGUAAAACUUAUUUUAAACGAUGGUAGCAAAAAUAUACCUGUUGGUCAGCCAAUCGCCAUUUUGGCAGAGCCAGAUGAUGACAUAACCACUUUAGAACUACCCAAGAUUAGUGAAAAUAGCUCCAAUAAGACUAAGAAGAGUGCCAAAAUCACCAAAAAGAGUACAAAAACCGUUGGAAAGCAAGCGGAAAAAAGUGUAACAAAAGAAAUAACAAAGAAAAAUGAUUACUUGCCUCCUUCACCAGUUUUCCACAAAUCAGACCCAAAUCAGGUUUUGUAUCCCUCUGUGGCUAUUUUGUUAGCGGAGAAUAAUAUUUCACCACAAGAGGCUUUCAAAAAAAUUGAAGCAACGGGUCCGAAGGGAAAAUUGUUAAAGGGUGACGUUUUAACUUAUUUAGGGAAAAUUUCACCAAAAAGUUUAAUUUCAAUAACCGAAUAUAUCAAUAAAAGUGCCAGUUUAGAUUUAUCCCACAUAGAGUUAAGAAAGAAAGUUGAACUACCCAAAAAACCUGAACCCAUUGUUUUAAAAACUUGCAUACCACUGAAAAGGGCAGAUAUAGAAAAAGGGCAAUUUACGAAAACAUUACGAGAUUAUAUAAAUAAAUUUAAAUUUUUAGCUCAUCAAAAUGCAUGGGAGAUAAAUAAUAAUAAAUCUCAAUUUUAUGAUCCUUUAUUUGAAGCUCUACUCAUUCCAGAACCAUAUGCACCAAGAUUUACUGUAGAAUAUAAGUUAAAACCUUUAUUUGCUGACAAAAAUAACGAUACUCAGUUGAAAAAUGAUAUUUUUGAUAUGCUAACUAUUGGUGUUAUUAACAACACUAAUAAUAACAAUAAAAACCAAGAAAAUUACUUGUUAGAUAUUGAAGUUACUGUUAGCAAUAAGUACUCUGAUGCCAAGGAAAAAUCCGAAAGAUUUAUGGAUUAUUUGAAAACUUUAAAAUUUUAA